GAAACAGGAAGUGGGCUAGGAUCCCUCGAAACCGGCGACAACCGGCACCCUCCGCACGCCCUAACGGCCCGCGACCCGCGACUCGCGGGUACCCAGCCCUUGUCCCGCGUGUUAUCUGCCCCUCCCCUCCUCCCGCCCCGUGAACUCCAGAGGUCAUGUCGAACAUGGAGAAACACUUAUUUAACUUGAAGUUUGCUGCAAAAGAACUUAAUAGGAAUGCCAAGAAGUGUGAUAAAGAAGAAAAAGCUGAAAAGGCCAAGAUAAAAAAGGCCAUUCAGAAGGGCAAUACAGAAGUUGCGAGAAUACAUGCUGAAAAUGCAAUCCGUCAGAAAAACCAAGCAAUCAAUUUCUUGAGAAUGAGUGCUAGGGUUGAUGCUGUGGCAGCCAGAGUUCAAACUGCAGUAACAAUGGGCAAGGUGACAAAAUCCAUGGCAGGUGUAGUUAAAUCGAUGGAUGCUACACUGAGGAGUAUGAACCUUGAGAAGAUUUCUGCCUUAAUGGACAAAUUUGAACAUCAAUUUGAAACAUUGGACGUUCAGACACAGCAGAUGGAAGAUACAAUGAGUAGCACUACUACCCUCACCACACCACAGAACCAAGUGGAUAUGCUGCUUCAGGAAAUGGCAGAUGAAGCUGGCCUUGAUCUCAAUAUGGAGCUACCACAGGGUCAAACAGGGUCUGUUGGUGCAAGCGUUGCUUCUACAGAACAGGAUGAACUGUCACAGAGGCUUGCUCGUCUUCGUGAUCAAGUGUAACUUAAAUAACUGGUGCUUCUGCUUCCUCCACGUAUUUCUGAAACAUCAUUUUUGUGUGUAUAUAUAGAUAAGUUGUAUUCUAGUUACAAAAACAUCAUACAUGACAAAAUGUUCAGACAACAUAUGUGAUGCUUUCUUUUGCCUUGUGUAUUUCACAGUGCAUUGAGAAAUUCCAAGGAAUUUCCAUAUUGGCAGAUUUUAUAGUUCUAUAUAUUAUGUGUAAAAGUGUGAGGGACAUAUUUUUGUAGAAGUCUGUGGCAAAGCUAGCAUUAGUUUUCUGUAUAUUAUACAUCUUCCUCAAAUAUUAGAGCAAACAUCUAUCACCAAAGUACUGCUAAGUAAAGUAAUUUUGUCAGAAUAAUGUAUAGAAUAAAGGCUUUGUUUUUACUUAUUGAAAGUAACUUUCAAUUAUUGUCUGUGAUGAAAUUUGAUUUUGUAAAAAUAAAAACAGGGAAAGCAUGUUCAUUUAAUAUGUUUACCAGAACAUAAUCCAGGACAUCUUAUUUUAAGUAUCAAAAAAUAGACUGUAUCAAUUUCUAUGGGAGUUUUGAAAAUAAUUUUUAUUUUGUAUGUAUGGUUGUUUUGCCUGCAUGUUUGACUGUGUACUUACUUGAGUGUCUGGUGCCCACAGAGGCCAGAAGUGGAUGUUUGAUUCUCCUGGAACUAGAGUCACAGAGUUGUGAGCCAAAAUGUGGAUGCUGGGAUUCAAACCCAUCUCUUCUAAAAGACCAGUCAGUGCUCUUAACUCCUGAGCCAUGUGUCUAGCCUCUGUUUUGUUUUGUUGUUUUUUGCUUGUUUAUUUUAGAGAUAGGGCAUAAAUAUAUAGCCCAGAAUAGCCUGAAACUCAGUGAGCCUUCAGCCUUGGUCUCUAGGUAUAUACCAUAACACCUUGCUCAUUUUCUAUGAUUUUAGAGGGGUGUGUUGUUAUGCACAUUAGUUAUUUUUUCUGUUUAUGCUAAACACUAUGUCCAAAAGUGGCUUAUGGAAGAAAGAAGGUAUUUUGGGUUAUGGUUUCAGGGGGAUUAGUGAUCCAUCAUGGUGGGAAGGCGUGGCAGCAAGAGCAGGAAGCUGAGCUGUUACAUGUUCAAUGGCAUACACAAAGCAAAAAGAACAGGCUGAAAGUGUGACAGGCCUAAAAGCUCUCAAAGCCCACCCCAGUCACAUACUUUGUUUAGUAAAGUUGCAUAUACCUUCUCCAAAAGGCACCACCAACUGGGAAACAGUUAUUCAAAUGCUUGAGCAUAUGGAAAAUAUUUCUGGUUCAGACAACCACAUUCCUCUCCCUGACUUCCAUAGACUCACAGCUAUAUCAUAGUGCAAAAUGUAUCUAGUCUAACUUUAAAAAGUGAUGAUGCCCAUUAUUUUAAAGAUGAUGCCCAUCAUCUUUCUCAGUCUCAAUACUGUUUGAAAUUUCAAAAGUCCAGCAUCUCUUGUGAGGCUCAAGGCAAUCUCUUAACUGUAGCCACUGAUAAUAUCUAAAAGUAAACAAUAUACUUCCAACCAACAAUAGCACAGAUUAUACAUUAUCAUUUUAAAAGAGAAGAAUGGGGAUAGAGUGAGGAAGCACUGUACUACAGAAAGACUGAAAGCUCACAGGGCAUAAAAAUAAGCAAAUCCUGUAGCUCUGUUUCGGAUGUCUGGGACUACUGUCAAAGGGCCUGGAUGGCUUAACCCCUCCAGCUUUGCUACCUGAUACAACAGCUCAUUCUCUAGUACCAGCAUCUAUAUUAGUUACUUUUCUGUUGCUCUGAUUAAGCACCAUGACCAGAAGCAAUUUAUAAAUGAAAGAGUUUAUUUUGGCCUACAGUUCCAGGGGGAUAAGAAAGAAUCCACCAUGGCAGGGAGGCAUGAUAGCAGGGGCAAGAAGCCAAGAGAUCAUGCUGUCCAUGGUAAUAUAAAGCAGAGAGAGCCAACUUCAAGUGUGGCAAGACAAUAAAUACACUUUCAGUGCCUGUUGCUGGCAAAAUAAUUCCUCCAGCAGAGUUGUACAAUGACCUGUAUCAUAACCUUCCCAACUAGUGACCAAAGUUUCAAAUCUGUGAGCCUAUGGGAGGCAUUUUUCAUUUAAGCUACCACAUUAUGUAAGCACAGUAAAUAUUUACUCCGUUUUCAUCAACUGUUAAGUUUAAAUUAUUACAGUUUUAGCUAGUAAUUUAAUGAUGACUAUUCAUUGAUUUUUUAAGACGUCUUAAUGGACAGUUUAUUACAUAAGUAAAAAAAAUUCUGCAAAGUUAAUCCAAAGUUUAUAUUGGGACACCCUAGGUCCCCAUAGAAGAAAUUUGAUGUACUAAAGUAUUUAUGGCAUAAAGAAUGUGUUCUCUGUUGGUGUGAAUUAAAUAUUUUCUGUUCCUUUAACCUGAAUAAAAAUUGUUAGACUUGUUACUACCACUUAGCUCCACAGCUAACUACUGUUCAUCCUUUUAUGUUACAUCCAUGUCCCAGCAGCACAUCAGUCACCUCACAAGGUCCUGAAAAUCUGCCUCCAGGGGAUUCAGUGACCUUCCCUGGUCACCACAGGGUACCUGGACUCAUGUGUAGAUGCACACACACACACACAUAAUUUUAAAAUAAAAAUAUAUUGGACAUGGUCACACAUACCUUUAUUCCCAGCAUUCGGGAGACAGAGGCUAUGAGUUCCAGGCCAGCCCAAGAUGCAUGAGUCCACAUCUCAAAAAAUAUUUUUAAAACAUUGAUGAGGCAAGUAAGAUAGUUGAGUAGGUAUAGGCACUUGCCACCAAGCCUGGCAACCUGAGUUCAGUUCCUAUGACCCAGGGUGGAUGUAGAGAUCCAGCUCCUGCAACUUGUCCUCUGACCUUCACAUUCCAUUGCAAGCACACACUUUUUAAAAUUAAAAACUACAUUGAUGAGCAGUUUAUUUUACCUUUCAUUUGCUCAUCCUUUUAUCAUUGUAAUGAAAAUGUACCUCUUAGACUUUAUUCCUAAACCAGUAACCUAAGCAUGUGAUGGUAUCAUUUGGUUGAACAUAUAUACACAGAUGCUUAAAACAUCUUGUUGCACUUUCCCCUCUUGGAUAAAAGGCUGAUGAUAAUUCUCCAUUUCUUCAUGUGUCUUAAUGCUUAAAGCCAUCUGGUUGCCUGUGAACCAUUUUAGGUAACAUUAUGGACUAUGUUAUUUUACCUGGUUAAUUGAUUAUUCACAAAUGCCACAUGGAGAAGAAGGAAUGAGAGAUGGAAAAGUUAACUCUUAAGAAAAGAUGUGGGUUUUAGGAAAUUUUCAGGAAGGAGCAUCUGUAUUAUUGGGAGAAGGCAAAAUGAAAUGAUAGACUAAGAGAAGCAAGCUCACCAGCUUCCUAUGGAUUAAUAAUAUUUGUUGCUAAUGAUUUCAAGAGAAACUGAAAAAGAGUCCCAUUUAAAAUGUCUAAUAGGACCUAGAGAGAUGGCUCAGAGUUAAGAGUACUGGCUUCUCUUGCAAAGGACCUGGGUUCAGUUCCCAACGCCCACAUGGAGGCUCACAACUGUCUGUAACUCUAGUCCCAGGGCAUCCAACCUCCUUGUUUUAAUGUCUAUGGGUUUCUUUGCACAUAUGGUGCAUGAACAUGUGCAUUCGGACAUGCAUGAAUAAAUAUUUUUGAAGUUAUAUUAACUCAUACUAUUUUUGACAGGAUUUUGCAGUCUAGUUUUUCAUAAUAAUAAUUAUUAUUUGGUUAUUCAAAACUCAUUCUUCUAAUACUAAUUGAGAGUGUACUUGCUAUAUGCUAUGACAGUUUGGUUUUUUGAGACUGAAGAGAGGCAGAGCAAGAUAUUCUCAUUUUCUAGAUAACUGCAAUUGAAGAUACUAAAUGAUCUCUACAAGAUCAGGCCCAGCUCACCUGUGGAGCUGAACUCCAGGAGUUUCACUACUUUUUCUGUUGCUUAUGGCAUUCAUUGCUCACAUGCCACCUACAAACUAGCUUAUCUUACCUGGUUCCAAAAAAGGAGAGCAGAUGAGGAAUGGUUAACUGCAUUGUCAUGUGCAUUCAAAACAAAAUUAUUUGUCAUCUACUGUUUUGGAAAAUAUUUGGGGGUUUCUACUCCACCUUAGAUCAUUUAGUUCCCAAAUAAAAGAUUCAAAACCUUUAUAAUAAGCUUUGUAGCACUAGAGCUGGGCAGAUAUCAACCGUCUGUACUAUUUUGUCUACUUUCCUGUCAAUAAUCCUGAAAUACCACUUGCCAUGUUCUGCCUAGGCCACUCGUACUCCAACAGGUGGAUCUUCAUGGCUAUGCAUUCAUGAUCUAUCUACCCCAUGGUGCCUUCUUCCUCCUCCUCUCUGCCUUGUGGUCUCUGCCUCAGACCACCAGCUUGGAAACUGAAGCCCCGCCUACCACUCUUUUGCCCAGCUAUAGGCUGUAGACAUCUUUAUUCAACCAAUAGUUUUAAAUUAAGGAGCAAGGUUUGCACAACCUUAUAUGUGAGGAUUUACUUGACCUUGGGAUACAGAAUUUAGCAUUACAAUACAUAGCAACAGACCACUCCUCAACAAUUGGCUGUAUUUCUGAUUUCCCACUAUUCAGUGUUCCUUCCUUAGAGGUACUUUUCAUAAAAAUUCCUUGAAAUACUUACACUAUUAAUAGUAUCACCAAUUCCUUCAGUAUGACCUUAUCUAAAUUCAGUAACUCAAAUGCCUCGUUCUAGCAAAAUAUCUGAAAUAAAACAAGCCCAUGUAAAUUUUGACUGGAGUAGAGAUUAACAUGGAUAAAGUCAACCUCCCAGAAAUAGAAUUGGGGUGGAAUUGGAAGACUAAGGCUAAGUAUUAUAAAGGGAGUACAUUGUGUGGACUUUGUUUGGAAAGACAUGGGAAGAAUCUGCUACCGAUAAAUUUUGUCAGUCUCUAUGGUACAUAGAGUCUGUCUUAGCUCUCAUAGAUGUGAUUACUUCAACAUCUGUUAAGGUUAAGUGCAAUCUACCUACCCUUAGUUUAUUUGUUAUAUCUUUAUCACUCACACUAGAAAAUAACUUAAUGUCUAUGGUUUUAUUGGGAGAGAAUUAGAUCUCAACUGUCUUAAUGUAUUUGACAGGACUUAGUGUACACCUGAAUUUGACAUGUCAGUAGCAUCUUUGCCAAACUGGAGAGAAUGUGAAUGAUGGAUAUUUCAGUGUUCAAUAAACAGUUCUAGAAUGAU